AUGUCUCUCAUAAAACUAAUGGCUAAACUUCUCUCUUGCCUGCUGAUGCUGCUGAAUCCCCCCGAACUUACUGAACUUCCGCUACAGCCCAGGCCACCCUCUUGCGAGAAUGUGGAGCGUGAAACUGUAUCAUUGCUGGAGUUUGAGAGAGCAGAGGAUGAUGCUACAAAUGCUGAAAAGGAUGAGGAGAUGACAGGGCUCACUGAGAACAUGAUGAAAGACAGUGGCCAACACGACGAUAAUCUUGAAAACACUGAGCCUAGCAUUCCGUUCCAAGACAGUGUUGAAACAAGUAUUCUCAGUGGACACAUGGUAGAAACCGGCACCCCAUUGUUUACAGUAGAAGAAAGUGGAGAAGGUGAUGAUUCCGAUAAGAAUGUGGAAGGAACAGAAAGUGAUGAGGCAGCAAAAGAAGACAAUCCAGAGAUCAUGAAUACAGAGGAUGUUUAUGCACCCGCAGCAGAAGAAAAUGCAGAGGCUGUCACUGCAGAAGAAUUAAGCAAUGAGGCAACUGCAGAAGAUGAAAGUGCAGAGGCUGUGACAGCAGAAGAAGACAACAAGGAUGUACCUGCCACAGAAGAAAGUCCAGAGGAUGUACAUAUAGAAGAAGAAGGAAAAGAUGCACCCACGGCAGAAGGAAAUGUAGAGGCUGUAUCUGCAGAAGAAGAAACAGAAGAAAGUGCGGAGGCUGCGACUACAGAUGAAGAAAGUAAUGAUGCACCUGCAGCAGAAGAAAGUGCGGAGGCUGUGACCACUGAAGAAGAAAGCACUGAUGCACCUGCAGCAGAAGAAAGUGCGGAGGCUGCGACUACUGAAGAAGAAAGCAAUGAUGCACCUGCAGCAGAAGAAAGUGCGGAGGCUGCGACUACUGAAGAAGAAAGCAAUGAUGCACCUGCAGCAGAAGAAAGUGAGGAGGCUGCGACUGCAGAAGAAGAAAGCAAUGAUGCACCUGCAGCAGAAGAAAGUGAGGAGGCUGCGACUGCAGAAGAAGAAAGCAAUGAUGCGCCUGCAGCAGAAGAAAGUGCGGAGGCUGCGACUACAGAAGAAGAAAGCAAUGAUGUACCUGCAGCAGAAGAAAGUGCAGAGGCUGCGACUACAGAAGAAGAAAGCAAUGAUGCACCAGCAGCAGAAGAAAGUGCGGAGACUGCGACUACUGUAGAAGAAAGCAAUGAUGCACCUGCAGCAGAAGAAAGUGCAGAGGCUGCGACUACAGAAGAAGAAAGCAAUGAUGCACCUGCAGCAGAAGAAAGUGCAGAGGCUGCGACUGCAGAAGAAGAAAGCAAUGAUGCACCUGCAGCAGAAGAAAGUGCAGUGGCUGCGACUACAGAAGAAGAAAGCAAUGAUGCACCUGCAGCAGAAGAAAGUGAGGAGGCUGUGACUACUGAAGAAGAAAGCAAUGAUGCAACUACAGAGGAAGAAAGUGCAGAGGCUGCGACUGCAGAAGAAGAAAGCAAUGAUGCACCUGCAGCAGAGGAAAGUGCGGAGGCUGCUACUGCAGAAGAUGGAAGCAAUGAUGCACCUGCAGCAGAAGAAAGUGCAGAGAUUGCCGCUACAGAAGAAGAAAGCAUUGAUGCAAAUGCGGCAGAGGAAAGUGCAGAGGCUGCGACUGCAGAAGAAGAAAGCAAUGAUGCACCUGCAGCAGAAGAAAGUGCAGAGGCUGCGACUGCAGAAGAAGAAGGAAAGCAAUGA